UAAUCCAAAUGUCAGAGGAAAUAAAUAGCCAGUAUUCACUAAAGACAAAAUAAACAUAGUUUAAAAAAUUAAAACCCUAAAUCAACGAAAACAUAGCGAAGCCGCAACCGCUCGGCCUCUUUAUCAGAACCAAGAUCUGAUUGAUCUCAACACCAUCCGGCAGAAACAGUGAGAAAUUCAUCAUUCAGCAACAUUUAACACGGCAUCAAUUUUUCGCGAUUUAAAACCUAGAUUUGAAACAGAAAAUGUCAAGUAAGAAGGAAGAGAAAGCUCAGGUUGCAGCUGAUAGAAUCAAGGCUGCGGCAUUGACGGCUGCCAAAGGGCUUAGUCGUGCUCAGGCUGAACGGGCGGCAACAGCGGCUGCUCGAAAUGUUAAUGCUUAUGGUCAGAAGGAAGAAGGGCCUAGCAGAUGGCAAGAGAAAAGGGAGGCUAAGAGACAGAUGUAUUUGAUGAGUACUGAGAAAGCUGUUAAAUUGGGUGUAAGGAAGGAAGUUAAGCCCACUAUGUCGACAAUCGGUGGGAAUGCACAGUGCCAAAAGUGUUACGGUUCUGGUCACUGGACAUAUGAGUGCAAGGGUGAGCGGGUUUACAUUUCACGGCCCUCUCGGACCCAGCAACUUAAAAACCCUAAAUUGAGGGUGAAAGUGUCUGAAGUAACUAUGGAAAAUGAUUUGGGUUAUAAUAAUCGUCACGAACCAAAGGAGGAAAAUCAUAUACUGAGUUCCAAAAAGACCAAGAGGAAACAUCGGUCUGCUCCUGGUAGUGAUAGUGAGGAUUCGGUGUUUGAGACUGAUAGUGGCAGUGGAUCAUCGUCUGUUACGGGUUCGGAUUAUUCUUCUGAAAGUAGUUCGGGUUCCAGUUCAUCAUCUGAUUCAGAGGAAGAAAGAAGACGGAGGAAGAGGAAGAGUCUGAAGAAGAAGCAGACUGAGAAGAAGAGCAAAGGAAAAAGCAGGAGGUACAGUACAUCAUCUGAAUCGUCUGAUUCAGAUUCUGGUUCAGACUCUGACUCUGAUGAUAAAAGCAGCAAGAAGAAGAAGAGGCACAGUCGAAGGCAUUGAAUGAAACUGAGUAAUGUAUGGAGCAGCUAAGACUUUGGUGUGUAGGUGUCAAACAGGAUCAGCUCCACAGGCACAAUCUUCAAAUUUUAACAGAUAUAAUGUAGAAUAAGCUUUGCUAGAUAUCUGGGUUGUACGUAUUCUCUUUCAUUAACUUUGUUAUCCUGAAGAAACUUGGAAGUUUGAUUUUAUCUUUAAUGUUUGACUUUAUGGAUGAUGCCCUAUGUAUCUUGUGAUGCUUAAGUAGUUAUAUGGAUUUUGCAAUUAAUGCAAGCUUCAUAGUUUCUACCA